AACAAACUUAUUGCGUGCACUAGCCGACAUGUUUAUAAAUUGAUGAUAUCCCAAGACAUCUUCAAAAUAACAACCCUCAUCCAUUAUUUGUCUUCUUAUUGAACACCUGAACAAUGGCAUUUCCCGAACCUCGAAACACUGGCAUGGUCUACCGCCGACUUGGCCGAUCUGGUCUACAUGUGUCAGCUAUCAGUCUGGGUAGCUGGAUGACCUAUGGAGGAUAUACCGACGACGAGGCCUCAUUUGCUUGUAUGAAGAAAGCGUACGACCUGGGAAUUAAUUUCUUCGACACCGCCGAAAAUUACACAGCAGGUCAGGCGGAAAUUGUGAUGGGUAAGGCUAUCAAGCAUUACAAAUGGAAGCGAAGUGACCUCGUUAUCAGCACGAAAAUGAACUGGGGGGCUGUGAACGGAGAGAUUUUGGUCAAUAAUCACGGGCUAUCGAGAAAACACAUUAUCGAAGGACUAGAGGCCUCGUUGGAGCGCCUUCAGCUCCGGUAUGUGGAUAUCGUUUACGCUCAUCGGCCUGACAGGUUGACUCCCAUGGAGGAGGUUGUCAGAGCAUUCAAUCAUGUCAUUAAUCAGGGUCUGGCUCUGUACUGGGGUACCUCUGAGUGGAGUGUCGAUGAAAUCACAGAGGCUGUUGGAAUUGCCCGUGAUUUACGGAUGAUUGGACCCAUCGUCGAGCAGCCCCAGUAUAACAUGCUGGUUCGAGACAAGGUUGAGGGCCAGUUCCAGCGACUGUACGAGCGUGUCGGUUUAGGGCUUACUACAUUCAGCCCUAUAAAAACUGGGAUACUAUCAGGAAAGUAUAACGAUAUUGUUGAUGGUCAGCUCCCCAAAGACUCACGCUUUGGGAGUAGCAAGGACGGCUUUGCGGAUUUUAUGCGCAGUCGCGUUGGCACUGAUAGCUGGAAAGAAGAGAUUGAGAUGGUGCGCAGCUUGAAGCCGAUUGCAGAUCGCUUAGGCAUCAACCAAAGCCAGUUGGCUGUUGCUUGGUGCCUGAAGAACCCAAACGUCAGCAGCGUUAUUACGGGUGCUAGCAAUCCGGAGCAGCUGGAGGAGACUGUGGCCGCUCUCAAGGUGCUGGAUAAGUUGACCCCCGAGGUUAUGGAUGAGAUUGACGCUAUUACGAGGAACAAGGUUACUCUUGAUCCUGCUCGAUAUGGCUGAAGACAGAAUAUUGCAAUUAUUUCGCAUUAGAUGGAGAAUACAGUCUGCUAUCCU